AUGCGCCUUUCCUCUCUACUCUGUUUGUGCCUUCUCGGACCAGCAACCGCUGCGCCGAUAGCACCUGCCUGCCACCAGGGGAGAUUGACCCACGCGCACUGGAUCAAUCUCGAUUCUCGUCGCCUCUUUCCGUUGUCCGAUGGAAAUAGCGUCCGCACCGUGACGGACGUCGACUCCCGCCAUACUACCACACUCCUGCGAUCGCCGUUUCACGUCCUCUCAAAUACCGACUGCAACUCCCCGAACGGCUUUUCUUCCUCAACGACACCCCUGAGGUCGCUCCGUCCGCGGACCGACACCGGCAAGAUGGCAGCCCCGUUUCUCUCUUGCGCCUCCAUGGCCAUGCUUGGGUUCGCUUUCUUGGCCCUGUUGCUCGUCAGUCUAUAUGCUCGAUACGCGCAAGGGUCCAGUCCGAGACACGACCGGGUAACUGACGCCAUGGCGACGAAACCGGUGCCAUCCCGUAUGGCGGCGGACGGGGAAGUGUCGGAUGAUUUCGACGACACGGAUUAUCCGAUGGGAUAA